AUGGAAGCUCAUUAUGUCACCGCUCUGGCCAAGGAUCCGAAAGAUCCGCUCCUCCUUCGCAACUUCGCGCGAUUUCUUUACGAGGUCAAGGGAGAACACGAAGAAGCUGAGAAACUCUUCGAGCGUGCUAUAACCGAAGCUCCUUAUGACGGGGAACUUCUGGUUCAGUACGCGAAGCUCCUAUGGGAAGGCAUGGGCGAUGCAAAUAAGGCCUCCAUUUUCUUCGAGCGAGCAGUCAGCGCUGCACCCCAGGACUGUUAUGUCCUGGCUGCGUAUGCAUCCUUUCUCUGGAAUUUCGAUUCCCUGCCUGAGGAGAACCCCAGCGUCAUGGCUCCUGCUCCUCCGUUCCUCCCCGCCACAUCUGCUGGUUGCGGAUAA